UUUCUGUCAAGACUUGAUGAAGACACAACAAGACGGGUGACCCAGCAGGUCCAACGGGCUUUCAGGUUUCAAAAGAGUUUAUUUUAUGCUGACCAGCCAUGGCACAAGCAGCAGAAUUUAUUGAAGAUGGAAAUAAAGACGAACGCAAGGAACACCCAGACAUUCAGCAGCCUUCAGUGACACAAAAUAAAAAGUGGCUGUGCCUCAUUUACUUUGGACUUGCCUUUGGCCUCCUGUUGGCAGUAGGUACAGGACUCAGACUUUUAGUACCAGCUUUUACUUCACAGUGUGAAGUUGUCCCAGACAAAUCUGUAGUGUGCUGUCCUGAGAAGUGGACACGAUACAAGGAAAACUGCUACUUCCUCUCCAUAAAUAAAACAACAUGGGAGAGAAGCAGUUCAUACUGCGCCUCUCAGAACAGUCAUCUAGCCGUGUGCGAGGAAGAAGAGGAGUUGACUUUUCUCAUCGAGGAGGGACGAACUUACCUGACGUUUUGGGUCGGGCUGAGGAGGGACACCCAGGACAACUGGAAAUGGGUCAAUGAACAACCCUUCACUCAGGGAAAAUGGGGUCUCUCAGGAGAAGGGAGAUGUGUCUGUUUGGCUAAACAAUCUAUGCAGGUGAAGCAGUGUGAAACGGAUCAGCUCUGGGUGUGUGAGAUGAAAGCGCCCCUUUGUGACUGAGCCUUCACCCGAUACAAUUUAUGAGUGGAAUGGGACUGGGUGGGGGCGAAGGGGUUGGAGACGCUAAUUUAACAGAUUCCUAAUGAUUUAGACUACAACCAGCAGCCAAAAAACAGCCAACAUGAAUGACAAGUGGAAUCCAGGACUAAGACUUCAAGGAGGGAGAACCUUAAUCACGUAAGUCAGAAGAAAUUAAAGAGAUGGCAGGCACAGUCCAUCAGCCAGUGUAAAGAAAUUAGAUAUGCAUGUCACUUAUGUACAGUACAAGUGCCUAGUAGUAAAGGUUCAUGGCAUUUGAUUCAGUUAUUUCAAGGUAGCUCCUGGUCCAGGACAUUCCACCUUUAUGGUAGAUAAAUGGACAAGAGGUCAGUAGGAGUUUGUUCAGUUUUGCUAAACCAGCUUAGAUUCUGUGUGUGUACAUUCUGUAAUUUAACAUGAAGACAUUUGCUUGUCGAUCUCUUCCUUGCCCUGUUCUUGUCUACAGAAAGCCUCCCAGGACUUGUUACAAGGCUUGAAUAAAUGAGCCCGUUUGUGGGACAGACUGGGGUCGCUUCCAUGCUCUGAUGACAUCAUCAAUGCUAUAAGCUGGAGACUGGCGACAUGUUAAUUAGCAUAAGCAAUCAUGAAUUUCAGUGUACUCUGUACAUGUGACAAUAGUGGACCUUUAAACCUAAAGAAGAAUUUGGAAAAAGAAGAAAUGUGCUGCAAUCUGUUACUAAAACACAAAGAAAGAAACCAGUUCAGAUCCUGACGUUGUUCCUCCAGACAUGUGAAAGCAGGAAAACAAACGAACAGAACCAACUGCACCAUUGAAUCUAAAAACCUUGGCUUCUGGUUUAUACACCUACUUUUAUUUGAAUGGAAUUUAAAAAAAGAAACUAAAAUCCUCUCUUUCACAGAAGGACUUGGAAACAGACAGUCAUGCCUUUAUUACAUCUUGCCUGGAUUAUUGUAAUUCCUUAUAUGUGGGUCUGUCCAAAUCUGCUCUGUCGCACCUUCAGCUGGUUCAAAACGCUGGGCCUAGAAAAAAGGAUCAUAUCCGCCACCAAUUCUAGCCUGUCUCCACUGGCUACCAGUGAGGUGUCACAUUGAUUUUAAAAUCUUGUUGUUUGUUUUUAAAGCCCGGCAUGAUCAAACUCCAAAAACACAUCUAUGACCUCCUUCAUCCCUAUGUGGCACCGACAGAAUUGAGGUCAUCUGGACGACAACUCCUCGUAGUUCUGAGAUCUCGGCCGAAGUUGAGGGCAAACCGAGUUUUCUCAGUUGUUUCUCCACGACUUUGGAAUGACUUGCCUUUCCACAUCAGGUCUUCAUCCCCUAUCGAUGUUUUUAAAAGUCGGCUUAAGACCUACUUGUUUUCUUCCCCCUUCCACUGUGUAUAAUGGGAUUGUGGUUGAUGU